CGCCCUUUGCUCAGGGCCGGUGUGCAGGCGGCAUGGGAUAAGACGCCACCAUGGUGCGCCGAGAUCGCCUCCGCAGGAUGAGGGAGUGGUGGGUCCAGGUGGGGCUGUUGGCUGUGCCCCUGCUUGCAGCCUAUCUGCACAUCCCGCCCCCCCAGCUUUCCCCUGCUCUUCACUCAUGGAAGUCAUCAGGCAAAUUUUUUACCUACAAGGGACUGCGUAUCUUCUACCAAGACUCUGUGGGUGUGGUUGGAAGUCCAGAGAUAGUUGUGCUUUUACACGGCUUUCCAACAUCCAGCUAUGACUGGUACAAGAUUUGGGAAGGUCUGACCCUCAGGUUUCAUCGAGUGAUUGCCCUUGAUUUCCUAGGCUUUGGCUUCAGUGACAAACCGAGACCACAUCACUAUUCCAUAUUCGAGCAGGCCAGCAUCGUGGAAGCUCUUUUGCGGCAUCUGGGGCUCCAGAACCGUAGGAUCAACCUGUUGUCUCACGACUAUGGGGAUAUCGUUGCUCAGGAGCUGCUCUAUAGGUUCAAGCAGAAUCGAUCUGGUCGGCUUACCAUCAAGAGUCUCUGUCUGUCGAAUGGAGGUAUAUUUCCUGAGACUCACCGUCCUCUCCUUCUCCAAAAGCUUCUCAAAGAUGGAGGCAUGCUGUCACCCAUCCUCACGCGACUGAUGAACUUCUUCGUAUUCUCUCGAGGUCUCACCCCAGUCUUUGGGCCAUACACCCGACCCUCUGAGAGUGAACUGUGGGACAUGUGGGCAGGGAUACGCAACAAUGACGGGAACUUGGUUAUUGACAGUCUCUUGCAGUACAUCAAUCAAAGGAAGAAGUUUAGAAGACGCUGGGUGGGAGCUCUUGCCUCUGUAUCUAUUCCCAUUCAUUUUAUCUAUGGGCCACUGGAUCCAGUGAAUCCCUAUCCAGAGUUUUUGGAGCUGUACAGGAAAACGCUGCCGCGGUCCACAGUGUCGAUUCUGGAUGACCACAUUAGCCACUAUCCACAGCUAGAGGAUCCCAUGGGCUUCUUGAAUGCAUAUAUGGGCUUCAUCAACUCCUUCUGAGCUGGAAAGAGUAGCUUCCCUGUAUUACCUCCCCUAUUCCCUUAUCUGUUGUGUAUUCCACUUAGCAAGAAACGCCCAAAAGAGGUCCUGGCCACCAAACACUAUUCUCUCACAAAAGUCCACCUGACUCACACUGGUGAACAGCAUAUAGUAAAAAGCCAGCAGAAGCUCUAAGGGUGACCUUCUAAUAGUCCACCUCCCAUUCCUUUGACAUCUGAUCAAGUGUAUGGACUUGCCUUUGUGUUAUUAGGAAAUUCUGAUGGGCACUACUACUCACUGAUGCAGAAAGACAGACAUUCUUUUGCAUAAAAGUCUUUGAAACACUUCUAUGGACUUUUCUGAAAUAUUUAGAAAUGCUAAUUUCUGGCCCUGGUUGGAAUUAUCUAAAGGUGCCACCUUCACCUCGCCUUGAAUGGCUUUAAUUCUCUAAGUGACACAGCUUCAAGUGAGAAUGAGUCUCCCUUGUCAUAACUUUGGAUUUAGUUUCAUUAGCUGCUUCUAACUGUAGUCAUUUUGUUAGACUUUGGUUUCAAUAACACAGUAUUCUAAGUAUACUUUAAGACUAUGAUUUACCUACACGUAUUAUGUAUGUAUUUUAUAAGGACACUAAACCAGCAGACAGUUACUCUAGCAGAGUAGUUUAACCUUAUUAAACAUGUUUCAUUUCUGAGUAAAUUGAAGUAAAGCCAAGCUAUUUACAGAAUUUCCUAAAAUCACAGAACAUUAAGGACAGUAGUCUCUGUGCCAGAGAUUUACUGUUAUUUGCUGUUAGAACUGGUCUUUCCAGCUAAUAACAGUCGGACUCGUCAUACCUCAGUGCUUAGAAGCAUGUCCCUCCCGAGCCAGGGUGGAGAGGAGGGGAUCGUUGUACAGUCCAAGUUACCAGGCUGAAUAUAUACUGAUUGCUUAACUUCUCGUUGGUUGUCCCAGAGAGGGUUCCUCAUGUAGCUCAGCAAUUCCUGUACUUUACAGACGGGAAAGUUCUAGAAACUUUAAGAACAAAGUCUGAAAGUUCUAUGAGCAAAUGGUGCUGAAUACUUUUUUUUAAGCCACAGUUUCAUUGUCUUAGUUAAAACAGGAUUAUUAAGUGGUGAUUUUAAAUUCUUUUUUUUUAUUAGCAACUUCAAGUAUAACAACUGGAAUAAGUGUUUAUUUUCUAUUAAUAAAAAUGAAUUUUGACAAAAGUGGACUCUGGCUCCCGCUCCCCCACCACCCCUCUGGGAUAAAAGCUUUCCAACAUUGCUAGGAGCUUUCAGAUACACAGUGAAUUAAAGAAUUUAAUGAAGUUAGGCAGCUGGGGCAUAGGAUAGUAUUUGAUUUUCAAGAUCACCCAAAGCUGUACUACCAUACCAAAGCUGACCAAGUGUAAUAAAAAGAAAAAGGAACAACAAAAAGACAUGCACAAGGACAGACAUCUGCUUGAUCUGCUGGCUCAGGGCCAAACAUUUAAUUUGCUUUUCUGAAGUCAUUCAUUUUUGAAAGUAUGAUUCUGGGAAAUUCAUGCCAAUAGCCUGAAAGCCCACUGACAGUGAAGGGUACAUCAACUUCAUCUCACCCAGUAAAAACUUAUCCAACAGAAGCCAAGAUAACAUCUACAGGUGUUCCCUCUUUGCUUCUGACAGUCACCUGCAUGGUUACCCCAUCUGCUAAGGCCAGCCUGGACCUCACCAAUAAAUCAUAGCCACCUCUGUAUACACCUGAGAGGAAAAAAGUGAGGAAAAAACCAUGUUAAGAACUCAAAACAAGCUCUGAAUAAUGAAAUUGAUCGUGCUCUGCCUGCAUUUCCUUUCUAUUAUUUUAGUUUAGCUUUUCUAGAGAUUUGUGCUUAUGGUGGGAAUUGAAUCCUACAUACAAAUUCUAAAUAAUCUUUUAUAUUCCCAUAAUACCAGGUACAUAGAAGGUAUUCAAUAAUAUUGAUAUGGAGUACUUAAGCAGGGGGCACUGGUAUCUGUAGAAGAGAUUUAAGUGUCUUGGGCCAAAUAUACAUCUUAAAUAGCAUCUAAGAAUAGCAUGCAAAUUAAACAGCUAAAACAAAUUAUUCAUUUUGAUGGGGCUUCAAGUUGUAACUCAUAUAAUGGGAUAAUGGGACAGUAGCAGGGCAUGAGAUGCCCAUGCACAUCCCUUCCUAUCAAAUUUUGCAACAAAAUACAGGAGAAAUCUGGUGAAAGUUUCUUACCUGCCAGAUAGAGGGAAUGGGAAUUCUUGUUCUCAGGUACUUUGUCUGACCUUUCACAUGGCUGCAUGCCCAGAAAUGUGAUGAUGUUGUUGACAGCUUCUGUGUUGAGAAGAUUGAUGCAACCGUAUGAGAAAAGGUCAGCGUAGGGAUCUGCCUCUGCACUAGUUGGUGCUGGGAGUUGGGGGUGCACAGGGUUGGUGGUGGUGUGUGGAGGGAGGCUACUGGACUGGAAAUGGGUUGACUGUUAGAUGAUGAAGACAGCGUUCUGGCCUUUUAAAGUGAAAUAGUUUACGGAGUUUUUAAAGAAAAGGGAGUCCUUUUGGAGUAACAAAUAUGCCUAUUAGGUGUUAGACUGCUAUCAGGCAAUAUACUGAUAGCAAAAUUGUUCUCACCUUCAAGAGUUUUGGUAGAACUGAGGGCAAAGGUCUCCUCUUUCUCAAAGGUGUCGCCUACCUCUUCCCAGGCAGCAGCAAAGUUAGGCUUCAUUACCUUCUGAAUGUGGUCAGACACAGUCACUUCAAGAUCUUCUAGCUAGUGGGUUAACAAACAGGGGUGAGAAAAUGAGUCCUCUCAGUUCAGUACAAAGGUAGAAGAGAUUAGUUCAUUUGGUUUUAUCAUCCUGUGUUAUAGCCUUUGCAGGAGCCUAGGAAAAACUCUACUACCAAGCUAGUUUGAAGUUCUGUAGUCUGGAUAAGUCUAACAAGGUAGGCCCUAGCAAAGGAAAGCAAGAAAACAGGUCAUCUGGCAAGAGCCAUAUUCAGAUCGACGUCUGUAGCCCUGGUGUAGGUACAAAGCAGUCACAUUGCCACACGUAACUGCAGAGUUCAAGCCGUACAGGGCCUUCUGAACUUCGCAUUCACGAACAGGUAGAUAUUUCUAAAACUUUUCCCUGCAUUCUGUGAAGGCUUUUCAGUCCAUGAUGUGGCUACAUUAUAAGCAAACUAAAAGCUGCUGAACAACAACAAAAAACCCCUACCCCCAAUACUUUAAAUAAAACUGAUCUCAAUGAAAAUCAUGUAAUUAUUUUCAUCUCUUAAUUAUCCCUAUUAUAAAAACAUUAAAAAGGGUGAGUUUUGCUUUAAUCAGUACUGAA